AUCACAACACUGCAUGUUGUCAAAUAAUGUCGUUUGGGCUGGGUUUUACAUGUUAUACGCUGGUCGGACAGCAGGGGGCACCAAUGCUCGCCGCUGCGGCUGUCCAAGCAGGCACGCAGUCGUCUCCCCUCCGUCGAUGUCGAGACGGGAGCAACUUCUCCGGAACACAACAGUCCUCCAGUCUCGCAGCGCAGCCUUAUGCACCACGGCAACCUCCACCCUACUCGGACCUUGUAGGUAUGGCGCCGAACCGAGACAGGAGCCAGGAAACGACCGCAUGAACACAGAAACCCGGUCGCCACAGAGGGAGACAGGGGGCUUUGACAAAGGCCUCUGGAUGUGGUGUGUGCUGCAACUCAGGUGAAAGCCAAUGUGCCUUCUGAGCAGCUUGUCUCACUACUUCAUCGUGUAGUGAGAAUGACAAGUUACUCUACAGUAUGUCUUUAUGAACCAAAGGGUGGGGGCCCAGACAGACACAACAUAGUGAGGGAGCCUUGAAUUUGAGAGAUCAGUGGGUGUGACAGGGUGGCACAAAGAGGGGGCAAGCUAAUUGUUAGCAUGAAGGAGGAGAGUUUGUACCACCGUAGGUUGUCUUUGUGUCCAAAUGCCACUUCCCCGCCCAAAAUUGACCCCCGCACCCUCAUGAGAAACCUAUCUUAUGGAGGCGACAAUGACCUCUACAACUUCAGCUCAGGCAGUGAGACAGACAGACACGAUAUCUCCAUGAUGAAUAAUGAACUUAGUCCUGCCCAAUCACCAGGCAGCAAGUCUGAGUCUAGGAUGUUUAAUGGUCUGGAGAAGGAAUGUCCCUCCCCGACAGAGAAACUUGCUCGAAAGGCAUCUCUUAAGGUCCAAAAGCAGAAUUACCGUCAAGAAAAGAAGCGUGCUGCCAAAGAACUGUUUAGUGCCCUCAAGGACCCUAGUGUUGUCAUCAUGUCCAACUGGCUAAAGAUCCGUGGCUCUUUAAAGAGUUGGACCAAGCUGUGGUGUGCCUUGAAGCCUGGUGUUCUUUUGAUAUAUAAGACCCCUAAAAGUGACCACUGGGUUGGUACCGUCCUGCUGAGUGCCUGCAAGCUCAUUGAGAGGCCCUCUAAGAAGGAUGGCUUCUGCUUCAAGCUUUACCAUCCACUGGACAAGUCCAUUUGGGCUGUCAAGGGUCCCAAAGGAGAGACUGUUGGUUCGAUCACACAGCCUUUACCAAGUAACUACCUGAUCUUCAGAGCGUCCUCAGAGUCUGAUGGCCGAUGCUGGAUGGAUGCACUGGAGCUUGCGCUGAGUUGCUCCAGCCUCUACAAGCUAACAGCCAAGUCAGGAAAAGAAGGUGAUAUCAACACAACUUCUGAGUCUUCCCACUUCCUCCAUCUUCUGCAGUCUGCCACACUAGCAGACACUGAUCUUUUGCAGUUGAAUGACUCUGUCUUGAUGGACAAUCACCAGAUGGACCAGGACAGAUUUUCCGACAAAUCUGAGCGCGAUGGUCACGAUGAGUGGGACACCUCUGCGAUUGAUAAUGGAGGAAGGUUGACAGAGGAGAGUGAUGUGGACCAAUCAGAUGAGGCGAUGUCUCCCAUGCCACAAGGGACACUUUAUGUAGAUCAGGGCACAGAAGAGAUGGCUGAGGCUGGGGAGGCGUCACAAGUUGAGACUGUGUCAGAGGAAAACAAGGGUCUAAUUUGGGGUAUUUUGAAGCAGCUGAGACCGGGCAUGGACCUCUCAAAAGUGGUGCUACCCACGUUCAUUCUGGAGCCUCGCUCCUUCCUGGACAAGCUGUCCGACUAUUAUUAUCAUGCUGAUCUGCUUUCACAAGCUGCACAGGAGGACAGCGCAUAUGAUCGGAUGAAGCAGGUAGUCAGAUGGUACUUGUCUGGCUUUUACAAGAAGCCCAAGGGUUUAAAAAAGCCUUACAACCCAAUAUUGGGUGAAACAUUUCGCUGCUGCUGGCUUCAUCCCGGAAGUGAAAGCUGCACUUUCUACAUAGCGGAACAGAUUUCGCACCAUCCACCCAUUUCUGCCUUUUAUGUCUGCAAUAGAAAGGAUGGGUUUUCCAUCAGUGGAAGCAUUCUGGCAAAGUCCAAAUUCUACGGUAACUCUCUGUCUGCUAUUCUGGAGGGCAAAGCGAGGCUGCGCUUUCUGAGCAGGGAGGAGGAGUACGUCAUCACCAUGCCCUAUGCUCAUUGCAAAGGUAUACUGUACGGCACUAUGACACUCGAGCUGGGUGGAAAGAUUACCAUUGAGUGUGAUAAAACAAAAUGUUUCACUGAGCUGGAGUUCAAGCUAAAGCCUUUCUUGGGGGGCCCCUGCUCUGUGAAUCAGAUCACCGGCAAGAUCUUUGUGGGGGAUGAGCUUGGUGCCACAGUUUAUGGACAUUGGGACAGUGAGGUUUUUAUUCAUGAGAAGCGCUCUGGACAGCAGGCAACAUUGUGGAACCCAAGCCCUGAUGUCCGUAGCAGUCGUCUCAAAAGACGAGUGGUUCACUUUGACCAGCAGGGGGAGUUUGAGUCCGAAAGGCUGUGGCAGCACGUGACCAGAGCAAUCAUAGACCGUGACCAGGUGCAGGCCACACAGGAGAAGUUUGUCCUGGAAGAAGCUCAGCGCAAAGAGUCCAGGGAGAGGGGCGAAAAACCCUGGACCCCGCGACUUUUCUACCAGGACCCAGUGACCACAGAGUGGACCUACAAGCAUGUGGAAGCCCAGCCGUGGGAGCCAGAACUUUGCCUAAUUCAGUUUGAGAGGAAUGGAGUCAUUCAAACGCUGGAGAGAAAACAGAGACAACACAAUGGCCUCUCUAACAGUGACAGCUGGCCCAGCAAACGCAAUGUUAAGAUGAAGGGCACACGCAGGAAAGCCAGCAGUCAGCCAUCCAGCUGCAGCCAGAACACCGAGAGCAGCAGCAGCACUCCAGAACCGACACACGAGUCCUCUGAUAAUGAAGAAUUCUCAAGCCACUGUGCACGGUGUAGCAAGGACAUGGCCCUCCUCCAGACCUCCAUCUCCUCCAUACAGAAGACUCAGCAAGACAUUCAGAGGAACCUGUCGGCUCUGAGUCGUCAGCUUACUCAGCAGAGGGCAGCCAGUGACAGCAUGUCAUGGAUGGGUCGUCACUGUGUUAUCGUCUGUUUGGUGCUCCUCUCGCACCUCCUCCUCCGCUACAUCUUCGCUUGAGAACCUCGGAGGGUUCUUUGUCCAGCACUGAUCUGACAUUUGAUCCCUCUCAACAAGCACAAACUAAUAAAGGGGGGGGCUUUGAACUCAGUUGAGUGUUAGAUGAGGUAUUUAGUCCCAUUCUUUUGAGGCUUAGCAUGAUCAUUAUAGCAAUAAACACAGCCAAUGCCUGUCAUCUUCAAAAUAAUAUUAAUGACACUCCCCCUAGUGUAGCCAGACUGAAAGAGCACCGGCACCCACGCACUUUGGAUGCGAGAGGAGGGACGACAGAAAGGGAUAACGAGGGUCUUUUAACAACAAAAAAAGGUUGAAUUGUACAAUGAAAAAUGAGUAACAAAGAUUAACAGACAGGAUGGUUCAUGUGUCUGUUUCGACUUGCCCUGCAAUACUGUCUGUCUGUGGCUGUGUCUGCGUGUAGUUUUUAUGUACUGUAGGCCCUAUGUGAGUGGGUAGAUCACCAUGCCAAUGUCUCCUCCACCUUCUACUCCAGAUUUUGGGCCUUAACCGCUGAUGCCAAAAAAUAAAUAACGAUGAAAAUUGUCACAUACAAACAAAAGAAGGAAUAUCUUCCAACAGUGCAAUCCUGUGUUUUGUAUUUACUCUAUUCACACAUUCGCUGUCUUGUCUUUUAAAGAGAAUUUUACCAAAACAGUAUUUAUAAUCCGAAAGGACAAAGAGUUCUUGUUUACAGGGAGCACUAUGUGUGUCUGUGUGUGUCUGUUUCCAGUGACACAUACUGUAGGCAAGAAGGCUGAUGUAGGUCAUGUGUGAGAGCCAUACAAAGUGUCUUUAUAUUUGUGCCUACUGUGGCAUAAUGGAAGUGGGAAAUGUGUAGCACUCGUUUUGGUUAGCUUGAAAGAAGCAUGUGGAUAGCAUUCAAGAAAUAAUCUUUGCUUAUGCCUCCUAGAGAACAUACUGAGAGGUGUCUCGUUUGAUAUUUUAUUUUUAAUAGUGUUUCCUGCAACCCACCCUGAAAAAUACCUACAGAUGUUUUUAACAUAUAUAACCCAAAGUUAGCACCUACAUUUGUAUGAGUUGAUCUUUUUAGUCUGAUAACAAACUAUCUGUAACAGAUGGGUCUAGCACCAUGUUCACACACAUGUUAACUUGUAAAGGUCAGUUAGUUUAUAAUGAUGGGAUUUGGCUAACAGUGAAUUAAAUGAAGUUGCAUUUACUAAGUCUCUGACCCCAUGUUCACACACAUGUUAACUUGUAAAGGUCAGUUAGUUUAUAAUGAUGGGAUUUGGCUAACAGUGAAUUAAAUGAAGUUGCAUUUACUAAGUCUCUGACCCUUAGGUAGACUACAGGUUGAAAACACUGAACCUGGCGUUCAUCUUGGUCCACAUGUUCAAGUGGCUUUGAAAAUGUAAACGCUAAUGAUUUGGUAUUUGUGUUCUUGAAGAAGAAAUGUACAUAUUUGUCUGCAGUGCUUUUACACUCUGUCAAAAAGCGAUUUCAGAAUGUAUUUAUUUUUUGAUUUACCCCCUUAGUAACUCAAAUAAUCUUGGCGUCUAGAUUUUAGAGAGCAGGGAUGACAAUCAUGCUCCAAGAAUUGCGUGCUGUCCUCUCAUGUGUUUUAUAUGUGUGAGAAAGCCAUUUGAGUUAUGCUAAAAGCAAAGCCAUCUAUAUCUGCGACCUUGUUUUUUUUUUUUUUUUUAGCAGUAAACAACUUUACAGUCCAAUGCCCUGUUUGUAACGUUUCAGUCUAGUGCCAGUACUGAUCUAUUCAACGGGAGCAAAUUUUAGCGAUGAAAGUCGACUGAAUGAUUCUGUGCGCUAUUUAAGUUCUUUUUAUUUUCCUGUUUUUAUACUCUGUCACCAUUUUCUGGGAUUGUAUAUGCCACCUAUCUUUGUUAUAUUGAAGAAAAACUUUAGAACGUAAUGAUGCCCAAUUUUUUCAUUCACACUUGUUGCACACUGUAGCACUACAGUAAAAACCUUUAACCCAGAAACUCCCUUUUGUCCUUA